UCAAUGAUUGUCUACUUCGCGGAUAAGUAGAUUCUAAGCUGAUCGGCCAUUUUUAGUCGAAUCUCUGCUAGAACCAGUGGUCUUGUCGCCUCUAUUUUCCGACGUUUUAAUUUUUCCACCGUGUUUGAUUUGCCAUUUGCGAGCGACGUACGGUGAAACCAGGAAGUACCAAUGAAAACGAAGUAGCCUCCGGCGGUUUUGACUUUUAACUUGGUCAUCGUUGGGACUAGAACCACGAGCUGACAAUGGGUAACGCGGGAAGCAAUCACCCGGUUGGUCAUCAUCAUAGCAGCUCUUCAGGUAGAGAGCAUCGUCAUACCAAAGAGCAUCCUCCUCCGUCGCCAGGAAAGGAAGGCCAAGCGUUCGUUUUUGAUAAAAAGCCAAGUCAGAAAUUAGUUUUCCAAUCGUCCCAUGAGGACGAAGAACCUUAUUAUGCUAAAACCGGUGGACAUCAUAAUGGAGAUGAUUACAGCCAUCGUCCGCGUUCUAACACUGUAUCCGAAGGAACAAAAGUUGCAGACAGCAAAGUAUUGCCUACAGUCUUCAAAUGGGAGGGUGGUGGUAAACAGGUUUAUAUUAGUGGAACUUUCACUGGAUGGAAGACACUACCUAUGGUGAAGAGUCAUGGGGAUUUUGUAACAAUUAUCGAUUUACCAGAGGGGGAACAUCAAUAUAAGUUCUUUGUUGACGGCGAAUGGAGACACGAUCCAGACAUAAAAAUUGUUGAUAAUGGUAUGGGUUCUAAGAAUAAUCUUGUAUCUGUAAAGAAAUCAGAUUUUGAAGUAUUCCAAGCACUUGCAAAAGAUAGCGAGGGUGUUAUUAGUAGUGCUCAAACAGAAUACGGUCAAGAAGUUCCUCCCCAUAAACCAUGGGAAAAAGUGGCUGGUCCACCAAUAUUACCACCUCAUUUACUACAAGUUAUCCUGAAUAAGGAUACUCCGUUGUCUUGCGAGCCAACUCUUCUACCAGAACCAAAUCAUGUUAUGUUAAAUCAUUUGUAUGCCUUAAGUAUCAAAGAUAGCGUAAUGGUACUAUCCGCCACACAUCGCUAUCGCAAGAAAUACGUUACAACUCUAUUGUACAAACCAAUUUAAAUGUUUAAAUCAUUCCCAAAGCUAUUGGCAAAUUGUUAGUUACAUCGAACCAGUACAUACGUAUUUUGUAGGUAAGGUAAGAAUAUCAACAUUUUAAGAAAAUGAAAUAUUUGGUAACUUAUAGAUUAUGAGGAAUUUUAUCUGAAAUGUAUAAUACUGUAUCUAUUAUUUAUUAAAAUGAAAUAUUUUACAUUAGA